AUGUGCCCUGGUAACUGGCUUUGGGCUUCCAUGACUUUUAUGGCUCGCUUCUCCCGGAGUAGCUCAAGAUCUCCUGUUCGCACUAGAGGUCCCCUGGAGGAGAUGCCAACUGUUCAACAUCCCUUCCUCAACGUCUUUGAAUUGGAGAGGCUUCUCUACACAGGCAAGACAGCCUGUAACCAUGCCGAUGAGGUCUGGCCAGGCCUCUACCUUGGAGACCAGGACAUAGCUAACAACCGCCGGGAGCUUCGUCGCCUGGGAAUCACCCAUGUCCUCAAUGCCUCACACAGCAAGUGGCGAGGCACACCCGAGGCCUAUGAGGGGCUGGGAAUCCGCUACCUGGGAGUCGAGGCCCAUGACUCACCAGCUUUUGAUAUGAGCAUCCACUUCCAGACAGCUGCCGACUUCAUCCAUCGGGCAUUGAGCCAGCCAGGAGGGAAGAUCCUGGUACACUGCGCUGUGGGAGUUAGCCGGUCCGCCACCCUGGUGCUGGCCUACCUCAUGCUGUACCACCGCCUCACCCUUGUGGAGGCCAUCAAGAAAGUCAAGGACCAUCGAGGCAUCAUCCCCAACCGGGGCUUCUUGAGGCAGCUCCUGGCCCUGGACCGCAGGCUGCGGCAGGGUCUGGAGGCAUGA